AUGCCACGAAAUCAAAAUACUGAAGUUCGAGUUGUAGUUGUUCGAACAGAUGUUGAUGGAAAUGUAUUAGAUUAUGAUAUUGUUGAACAACCUAUUAGUUCAGUUCCUACUCAACGAACUGCACAACUUUAUCGAUCACAAUCAAUUGAACCAACAUCAAGAGCUAAUCGAACACAAAAUAGUAAUAAGAGAGAAGAAAAAAAUAAACAUAUUCCCAAUAAUAAUGAAUCAUUGAGAACAGCACACUCAUAUACAAGUACCAGAACAACACCAAGACGACGUGUUCGUUAUGUUCGUCCAACAUCGACUGUUAAAAUUUUCCAAGAAAAAGUUAAAUGGUAUGCAGAACCAAAGAUAAUGUCACAUAAUGAUGAAGCAAUAAGACAAAUUCGUCGUGCGCCUAAAAGAAAAAUAUUUCUUCGAAAAUUAUCUUGGAAUACUGAAUCAAAACUUGAUACACAUAAUGAAGAAGCUAUAGAAACUAUUCGUAAUAGAACAAGAUCUCAAAUAUUUGAAGAAAAACCAAAUUGGAAUGUUGAAACAAAAAUUGAUUCACAUAAUGAAAAAGUAGUAGAAGCUCUUCUUCAAGCACCAAAACCACGAAUUCAUGAUGAAAAAAUUAAUUGGGAUGCAAAUACAAGAAUCGAUACUCAUAAUGAACAAAUUGUUCAAUAUCUUAAAAAUAGACCAAAAUCAACUAUUCAUGAUGAAAAAAUUACAUGGCAAUCAAGUCCACGAAUUGAUCAUCAUAAUGAAGAAUAUGUUCAACAUAUUGAACGUGAACGAACAUUACGAGAACAAACAGCAAGAUUACAUGUUCAAAGUCUUUCACAAGAACGAAUAGUAAAAGCAGACAAACCUCGUAUUGAUCAUCAUAAUCCUGAAUAUGUCGAACAUAAGAAAAGAAGAAAAUCAUCAAGACUUCCUCCAAUUGAAGAUCGAAAACUUGAAUGGAAAAAAGAAGCUCGUAUUAAUCAAAAAAAUGAUGAUUAUAUUGAACGUAUUCGACAAAAACGAUCCAUACCUCUUAUUUUUCGAGAAAAACUUGAAUGGGCUACAAAAACACCACGAAUUAAUGCACAUAAUGACGAAUAUCUUGAAAAUUUAAAAGAUCAAAGAAGACCAAAAAUUGUUGAUCAAUUACCUCAAUGGAGUUCACAUUCAAAAAUUAAUGCAUACAAUGAUAAUUAUGAUCCAAAUUCUGAUUCACGUCUUAAGCCAUUGAUUGUUAAUGAAAAACUUGAAUGGUAUGGACGAUCAAAAAUUGACACCGGUCUUCUAUCUGGUACCAAUCAAGGAAAGUAUGCUGAUUAUAGGUUGGCUACUUGA